ACAUUUUCUCAUUUCCUUGCAAAUCUACUCUAGGUCUUUUCUUGUGAAAGAGCUGAAAUGGCUCUCAAUGGUAAAACUGCAGUAGUGACCGGAGCUGCGAUGGGAAUAGGAAGCUCAAUAGCUGAACUUCUUCUGCAAAAUGGUGCCAAGGUGGCCAUCCUGGACAUGAAUGAAACUGCAGGACAGAGUUUAGUUGAAACCCUGAACAAAGAGCACGGACCAGACCGAGCCCUGUUCCUGCUGUGCAACGUAGAGUCAGAAGAGGAGAUCAAAGCUGCCUUUCAGAAAACUGUAGAAACCUUUGGUGGAAUUGACAUCCUGGUCAACAAUGCUGGCAUCUUCAAUGAGAUAACGUGGGAGAAGACUAUUGGCAUCAACCUUGGUGGCUGUAUUAGGGGGUCUUACCUGGUUAUCGAGCACAUGAACAAGCUGACUGGGGGUCGUGGAGGGGUCAUCAUCAAUGUGGCAUCCAUGGCAGGUAUUGGCCUUCUGUCUUGCUGCCCUGUGUAUACAGCCACCAAGCAUGCAGUGGUUGGGUUUACUCGAGCAUUUGCGGCUGCCUCAGUUGCAUCAGGCUAUGGUAUACGGAUGAAUGCCCUCUGCCCAGGAUUCGUUAAAACGGACCUCUUCUCCUCUAUCAAGUCCAAACUGGGACAAUUCUCCAACUUGGCAGGUGCCAACCAGGAACUGAUAGAAAAACUUGGCGUGUUAACGCUUGCAGAAGUCGUCGAGGGCUUCCUUGAGCUCGUGACAGAUGAGACCAAAAAUGGAGAAGCUCUCCUAGUUCUCCCAAAAGAGAAGAAAUAUGCAACUUUUUCAGCAUCACCCACUGAUUAACUCAUGACAAUAUUUCAAGUCUUUCAGGCAAGAGUUUCAACUUCUGUACAAUGUAUGAAAUGUACUGCAAUAACAGAUUAAAAUAUAAAAUCUGUGUGGGUGUUUGAUCUGCAACAUCCUGCCACUGGCAAAUUUCAGUCUUGUUAUUGCACAAGACUGACACUUAAACCAUUUGACUGUAGGAGCUGCUGAACUUGUGUCACAACACACCGCAAAGAUGUAG